AUGCCGGCCACGGUAAGACGUUGCCUGGGGCCUUGGACCUGUGGGACCUGGGUCCUGGGUCCUGUGGGGCCUGGCGUUGUCGUGUUGGUACAGAACACCUCGGGGUUGAUGCUGGAGGUAGGGCAGCACUACUGGACUGGGGAUGAAAUCUCUAUAGCGUUGCGCAUCGAUGACGACGAGUGGCAUUGUCUGGUCACCAAAAAUUCCUCCCCAUACCAUAACGCCAGCUCCACCGCAAGGAACGACUUCUUGAACGCAGCAAGCAGCUUUCCGUUCACUUUUGCGACGGUCAACACGCUGUCUGCCACCAACUCUAAACAAACAGAACCUGCUUUUGUCCGUAAAGACCACGCGUUGACAAUCCCAACGCUGCCACCGUCGCACUGUAAUAGCUCAUCGUAUUCGUCUUCGUCGAUGUUCGGAAUGUCUCACGUUUCCUCUGCUCACCUUCUCAUCAUCCCCCGCCUCAUCUUCUCACCGUCUCGUCUCCUCAUCGUCUCAUCUUCUCUUGUCUCAUCUCAUCACAUCUCCUCUCCUCACCGACUCAACUACUCAUCGUCUCAACUCACCGUCUCAUCACCUUACCUUCUCAACUCCUCACCGUCUCAUCUCCUUACCGUCUCAACUCCUCACCGUGUCAUCACCUUACCUUCUCAACUCCUCACCGUCACAUCACCUUACCGUCUCAACUCGUCACUGUCUCAUCACCUUACCGUCUCAACUCCUCACCGUCUCAUCUCCUUACCGUCUCAACUCCUCACCGUCUCAUCUCUUUACCGUCUCAACUCCUCACCGUGUCAUCACCUCACCGUCUCAUCACCUCACCGUUUCAUCUCAUCAUAUCUCAUCUCUUCGCCGACUCAUCACCUAAGGUCUCAUCUCCUCACCGAAUUAACUACUCAUCGUCUCAUCUCUUCACGUCUCACCUUCUCAUCCUUUCAUCUCGUCAUCGUCGCAUCUUCUCACCUUCUCACCGUCUUAUCUUUUUCAUAUCUUCACCGUCGCAUCUUCUCAUCCUUUAAUUUCAUCCCCGUUGCAUCUUCCCAUCACCUCACCAUCUCAUCCCCUCACCUUCUCAUCCCCUCAUCAUAUCAUUCCCUCACUUUCUCAUCUCCUCACUGUCCCCGCACAUCACCGUCACAUCCCCUCACCGUCUCAUCCCCUCACCGUCUCAUCUCCUCACCGUCUCAUCUCCUCACCGUCUCAUCCCCUCACCGUCUCAUCCCCUCACCUUCUCAUCCCUUCAACGUCUCAUCUUCUCACCUUCUCAUCACCUUUGCGUCUCGUCUUUUCAUCCUCUCAUCUCCUCACCGUCUCCUCACAUCACCGUCUCAUCCCCUCACCUUCUCAUCACCUCACCAUCUCAUCCCCUCACCUUCUCAUCCCCUCAUCCUUUCAUUCCCUCACCUUCUCAUCUCCUCACUGUCUCAUCCCCUCACCUACUCAUCCCUCCACCGUCUCAUCUUCUUACCUUCUCACCACCUUACCGUCUCAUCUCCUCACCGUCUCCUCACAUCACCGUCUCAUCACCUCACCGUCUCAUCUCCUCACCGUCUCAUCUCCUCACCUUCUCAUCUCCUCACCGUCUCAUCCCCUCACCGUCUCAUCCCUCCGCCUUCUCAUCCCUUAACCGUCUCAUCUCCUUACCUUCUCAUCCCUUCACCGUCUCAUCCCCUCACCGUCUCAUCUCCUCAACUUCUGAUGACCUCACCGUCUCAUCUCCUCAACGUCUCAUCCUUUCACCGUCUCCUCUUUUCUUCCUCUCAUCUCCUCACCGUCUCCUCACAUCACCGUAUCAUCCCCUCACUGUCUUAUCUCCUCACCGUCUCAUCUCCUUACCGUCUCAUCUCCUCACCUCCUCAUCUCCUCACCGUCUCCUCACAUCACCGUCUCAUCUCCUCAUCCUCUCAUCACCUCAUCUUCUCAUCCUCUCAUCACCUCACCGUCUCAUCUUCUCAUCACCUCACCAUCCCAUCUCCUCACCGUCUCCUCACAUCACCGUCUCAUCUCCUCAUCCUCACAUCACCUCAUCUUCUCAUCCUCUCAUCACCUCACCGUCUCCUCACAUCACCGUCUCAUCUCCUCAUCCUCUCAUCCCCUCAUCUUCUCAUCCUCUCAUCACCUCACAGUCUCAUCUUCUCAUCACCUCACCAUCUCAUCCCCUCACCUACUCAUCCCUCCACCGUCUCAUCUUCUUACCUUCUCACCACCUUACCGUCUCAUCUCCUCACCGUCUCCUCACAUCACCGUCUCAUCACCUCACCGUCUCAUCUCCUCACCGUCUCAUCUCCUCACCUUCUCAUCUCCUCACCGUCUCAUCCCCUCACCGUCUCAUCCCUCCGCCUUCUCAUCCCUUAA